UUCCUCAGUUACUCUCGAACGUUGGAACGAGCCAGGCGUGAUCGUGUCGUGUCUCGUUACUUUCACUCGUGAAGUUCACGAGUACCUGCUCAAAGAAAAUUGUGACCUAUUUCAUUUUUCGUUUUUCACCGGUAACGUUCAAGGCCACAUUUCAGACGGUUGAAUGGCCUUGGAAUAGAAAACGGAUGAAGCGUUUUUGUUUUGUAGGUGUAUGAAAGCGAAACUCGAACGUGAAUGAGUUUAUGACGUAAUGUUGAGCGCAUCGUCGUUGCUCCAAAGUCCCAUAAGCCGCUAUUCGUCGUCGUCUUUUCGAACAGAUUUAGUCGAAAAGUUUACUUUUUGGAUCGCUCCAUAACAACAUUGCUAAAAUCAGGCGAACCUAAUUGAUACCACCGAAGUGAUAAUUUGCGUCCAAACAGCAUGACGCCGAUAAUCAAAUUCCUGUGAUUCUCUGAGAAUUUUAGAGGCUUGUUUCCUAUUUUGCGUCCAAAAAUAAGAUAACAAAGUGCAACCGAGUCCAUCUCGUCGAUACGCCAUACGGAAGCACUGAGUCAUGGAGCGAAUAUUGCGAGGUGUGAUGCGAUAUCGGAACACCACCCGGGAGCAGAUGGUGAAGGAAUUCAAGCAAGUGCGAGACAAUCCACAGCCCAAAGCGGUAUUCUUCACUUGCAUGGACAGCCGUAUGAUCCCCACCCGAUACACGGAUACCCACGUGGGAGACAUGUUUGUGAUACGUAACGCCGGCAACUUGGUGCCACAUGCCGAGCACUUCCAGGACGAGUACUUCAGCUGUGAACCGGCUGGUCUAGAACUGGGCUGUGUUGUGAACAACAUCAAACAUAUCAUCGUAUGUGGCCACAGCGACUGCAAAGCCAUGAAUCUGCUGUACCAGUUGAGGGAUCCGGAAUUUUCAUCGAGAAAAAACCGUCGGAUAUCUCCGCUUCGGGCGUGGCUUUGCGAGCAUGCCAACACCAGUUUGGAAAAGUUCCAGAACCUUCGGCAGGUCGGGCUGGACAAACCGUUGAUAUUCUCUUCGGAAACGCCGCUGCGCAAGUUUGUUGCCUACAUCGAUCCGGAGAAUCAGUUCGCCUUGGAGGAUAAACUAUCCCAAGUGAACACGCUGCAGCAGAUCGAAAACGUGGCUUCGUACGGGUUCCUGAAGAAACGGCUCGAAUCGCACGAUCUGCACAUCCACGCCCUGUGGUUCGACAUUUAUACGGGUGACAUUUAUUACUUUAGUCGUAACUCGAAGAGAUUCAUUCCGAUCGAUGAGACCAGCAUCGAGCAACUGCUGGAUGAAGUGCGGCGGUACUAUUCUUAGGAUGUAAGAGGGGUGCAUUAUUGAGAUAGGGUUACAAGUGUAGGAUGUUACAAUUGUGUGAUUUUAUAUGGAUUUUUUUUUAUAGAUAUUGUAUACAUAAAAAGCCUAGAAUGUAAAUUGUGGUAUAUGUAGUGAAGAAAUUUUCAUAUUUUGGUAGAGCAGACCAACGAUACAAACAUAGAUAGUGCAGAAAAAAUGUUCGCAAAUUUUGUACAUGUAUUUUUAAAUAUUUUUGUAACAAUAAAAUAUUUUGAAUCAAA